CAUGUACUUUUACCAUGGAUCUUUCGAGCAAUAAUUUUUCAGGACGGGUGCCAUCUUCUGUUGGUGAUCUACAGCAUCUCCUUACCUUGAAUUUGAGUAAGAACCAUCUCAAUGGUCCUAUGCCGGCCGAAUUCGGGAAUAUCAGAAGUAUCCAAAUUCUGUGUCGACUCAACUUGUUGACGUUGAUGAUCAUUAGGGCCAGCCAGGUAUCUAGUGAUGAAUCUAUUGAAUCAGCAAAAUAAUUAGCACUUCAAGAGAGCCUAAUGGUUUGUACUCUUACUGUUGUUAAAGACUUUGUAUUAUGUACUAGAAUAUGGGAACUUGAUUCCAUGUAGGGAACAGAU